CUCUUGAUUCUUUCACGUUCGAUGUGUGGUGUCAUAGAGAAAUAUUCUUGAUCGUACAACUCAUAGAAGAACUAAUCCAAAUGCAAGAUUUUAUUUCUUAGUAUAAUUAUGUAUUACUUUAACAGAAUACUAUACUGUGCGCUUUACUGUGUUUUGGUAAAUAUACAGUGAGGGAAUUCUAGUUAUAAUAACUCAUUAUGAACUGUCAUCAAGUACUUAGUGGUGCCUGCAAUUCAGGAGAUCAAUGUUUUGCUGUUGGAUCCGUCGAAGGAAUACCUUUUACAGCAUAUGCAGCAGGAUGUAAUAUAGUGAUAUUAGCAUCAAAUUUUGAGCGAGUACAAAUAAUACCAGGUGCUAUACAUGGAUAUGUCCGCAUCAGUUCCCUGGAUUGUAGUACAGAUACAGGAAAAAUUGCAGCGGCUUAUGGAGCUGAAGUAUGCAUUUUUGAACCAACACCACUCAUACAUACAUCGGCAACAACCCAUGGUCUGGAGUACAGAUGGGUACAAACUGGCAAGUUGGUGGCAGACGGUCCGAUCACCGCAUUGUCGUGGAACCUGGAGGGAACUCGCCUCCUCACUGGAGGGAAGAUCUUACAAUUAUGGCACCAGGCAUCUUUGUACCAGGAUGACAGUCAACCAAGCUCCGGAGUGACAUUCCAAAUAGGUGGAGACAAAGACGAGAAAACAAAACAGCAGGAGGAGGACGAGCCGGGUUGGUUGUGUGUAUGGCAAUGUCACACGGCGACGCCCGCACACCACCUAGCGUUCUCACCGGACGGUGUCCUGUUUGCUACCUCUGGAGUGAACGAUCGUCUCGUCAAAAUAUGGUACCAGAACAAAGUUUUGGUCCAAGCGCAAGGAGAACAUUCUUCUCCGGAACUAAACUAUACCUUCAUAUACGUGGCUCAUCCUCGCGCCGUCACACACUUGUCCUGGAGGAAGACCAGCAAGUAUAUGCCUAAAGGCAGCGUGGGUAAUGUGCUAGUGACGUCAUGCGUGGAUAAUAUCUGCCGCGUAUGGGCAGAGACUUUGCUGCCCGAGGACGAGUGGGGCUGCGCCACACAUGCACGCUCACCGCCGAGGAGACAAAGAGCAACGCACAGACACAAACAUCGGUUCAUGCAGCGGCUUAAACACAUGAAGACAUGUUUCCACAUCCGGCGCACGGCCCAGUCUUCCAAGCAGCCGGGCGCGCCCAUCCCCACCCUGCCUUCAACCUACAGCGCGCACGACUUCCACAACCCUUACCACUCCACUUCUUACACUGGAGGGUUACACUUCCAUCUCGCAGCAUCUAUCAACGCGGAGACGGACAUUCCUUUGGUUCCGUCGUUGGCUGGCGGGGGGCGGUUCAUCUUACACUGGUUGCACAACAAAGAAAUGCAUUUUACCAGUCAGGCAGAAGCUAUACUGCAUGAUCUCACUAAGAAGAUUUUAGAUAAGGAAGAAACCGACGAAGGUGGUUCAGGUUCAGACCACACCACACAUCCGGACGGAGAGAACGAGAAUAGCAGCGCCAAUCACAGUCACCCAAGCUUGUCAAACACCACGUCCAUAAACUCGAUCGCUACAGACGUGACGUGUACACACCUCCCGGACUCGUUGGACGCGAAGAUAGAGGCGCUGCUGAGGGACUGGCAUCAGAGUCCCGACCUUCUAUUCUCUAUACAUCCUGUAGAUGGCAGUUUCUUGAUAUGGAUCUGCGAGUGGCUGGACGAGCUCCAGGCGGGUGCAAUUCGCCAGGCUCAAGUGUCCUACAGCGCCCGCAUCCCGUGCGCCUUCCCCCUGGGAGACGCCACCACCAUGUGUACGCCGGCCGCGCUCUACCACGCCGCCGCUCAGCCGCUCUACGUCAGACACCGCACCAAACCAGUCACGCCCGGACAACCUCAACAAGGAGAAAGUGUCACGACUCCAUUAGCGAGCGUUCAGGAGGAGAAGGAAGAGAAUGAUUGGCCGCAGAACGAAAACCAAAAUGCGGGAGAGGAGAACGGAGCACGAGAAGAAAAUAACAACGAUAUGAAAAGAAAAACGAGCAUCGCGACCGAGGAGCUGGAGAAUCAAGAUGGCGAUAUACUGGAGUCGGCGCCCGUUAUAUCGAUGGUCACCAACCACACGAACGGAACCCUGAACCUGUGGCAACUUACAUUCGAUGAUAAAUCCAAAUUCUCUCAAGUGCUUUCAAUAGGUCACGCUUCAAGAGCAUCCGGACACAGGUUUAGAGUCAACGACAUCACAUGCCAUCCAGUAUUACCCCUGCUGCUCACUACGAGCCAUCACAAUAUAUCGGACAGUUCCCGCGAGUCUCCGUCGCCGGCGGCUGGCGGGUUAUGCUCCGAGCUGGUGAUGUGGCGAGUGGAGUGUGUGGGUCCUCUGGGCAAGUCGGGCGGCGUCUCCGAAUUGGCGCGUGUGAACUCGCCUCAUUUAUCGGCCUUCAGUAACGUCGCCUGGUUACCUACACUAUUACCAAGUACAACUCUCGGUAAUCUAUCAAACUCGCCGUCGGCGUGCUUCGUGGCGAGUGACGGUGAGAGUCUUAGACUUUUCCAAGCCGUGAUCGACGCGCGCACUCUGUUAGCGGAGAUCGCUACCUCCGAGCGACGCCAUAAAGAUGUUAUGCAUCACGACACGAUGUCUAUGUCGUCGGAGUCGUCGGUGUCGGAGGGGGGCGUUCCUCUUCACGAUCGCAUAAAGAUCGUGUCCCAGCAGUCCACGGCGCGGCCCGGGGCCAUCAUACAGUUGCACGCCAUAGCGGACGCCACGCACGACUGGCAUAACACGCAGCUGCUGCACGUGUUCCAGGAACAGCUCAUUACUGGUGAGCGGACAUCCAGCGAUUGUGAGAGCACAGACUCGGGAGUGGAAGGUUCCGAUGCGAACCCCGCGGAGACCGGUCUGGAGGCUAUCGUGGACUUGAGGAAGUCGGCUGUCUUCAACGAACCCUUCUAUAUAGUGGUGCUGGAGAGGACGGACGGCGGCUCCACCGUGCAUAUGUGGAGGUUGACUGUGUCCUCGCAAGCUGAUCCAUCAGACGACCUCACCAACAGUAUGAUGUACGUCCCCGACAGCGCGCUCAUACAAGAGGACGAGGGCGACUCGAGGAAGAACUCCGUGUGUGUGGACGAGAGGCCAGCGCCGCUCAACGCACACUCGCAUCUCUCUAUAACUACUAAGAAGGUGUGCGAGUGUCCAUUAUCCUUACCGGACGGAGUGGACGUCAUUCAUGCGACGCCAGCCGCCGGACACCUCAGCUCCGCAUCUAUAUACCCAGCGUGUCUGGCUCCUUACAUCCUAGCCACCGCGUGCUCUGAUAGUACAUUAAGAUUUUGGAAAUGUGACGUCACCAAGAAAGAUAAUGAUGAAUUUGAUUACGCUUGGAAGGAAUGGGAAAUGAUGAAUAAGGAUCAAGAGUCUGCUAUUGACAUUCCAGGUCAACCGCUACACAUCAGCGCCGCGUACAGCGGUCGCAUCGCGUGCGCUUACAAGUGCGGUAGAUCGUUCACGCGGCCAAAGAACACUAGUUCCAGCCCGGACGCCCGGUUCGUCAACCUGUGCGUUUGCGUGUACGAGUGUGAGAGUACCGGAGGCGCGGAGUGGCUGUUAGAGGACACCAUACCGCUGAGGAAUGUGAGCCUGCCGCGGGUCGGGGUGUGCGCCGACACACAGAUAGACCUGUCGUACCUUCAUGACACAUCGUUCAUGCAGAAGAAACAACGGCUGACUCAGGUUCUUCAAACUUUAUCGUCGGACGAGAGCCGCAACAAUCGUAACGGCGAGGCGGACGCGGGGAAGGCGGCCGGCCUUUUAGCGGUGCCGUCCUUCAGUACUCUACAGUCCCUACGCAAGAGCAUUAUGGAAAAUGGCAACACGUGUCCACUAACACAGAAACAUCUCGUGCAAUUGGACUGGGUGUCCAAGGAAGAUGGAUCCCAUAUACUGACUGUAGCUGUUGGGUCUAGAGUUCUGUUAUUCACGCCGGUUUCGAGUGAUCUGGCCCAAGCCAACAUCAAGGCUAUGAAGGAAUCGAUAAACAACAAUCGUCCGAUUCUGCGUAAAGCGUCUUCUCUCGCAGCUCCGCUAUUCGUAGAGGAGAUACGAUGGAUGCAGUUACGUAGGAUACAACUGAAAACUGCGGACGGCUUGCCGCCGUUACCGAUGCAGAUAUCGUGGGUUCGAGACGGCAUUCUGGUAGUGGGGAUGGACUCCGAGAUGCAUGUGUAUUCACAGUGGAAACCGGAAACGCCACAGAUGAAUUCUGGACAGGCUGGCGUGCAGGAGCAAGAAGAGUGCAGUGAAUCCCGUGCUCUGCGCGACUCAGACCUGCGCGUGUCGGCGCCGCACCUGCAGCGGGUUUCUUCUAUAAAUCUCCAGCUGUUGGAGCGAGACGCGCGAAGACGAACCAAAGCAAUGCCCGACCAGCCACAGCCUCUUCUGGACUACAUGCCGGACUACGGUCUAUUCGAAGCGUCGCAGAUAGCCUGUCCCGUGCUACCUCAGUAUCAUCCGAAGCAGUUGAUGGAGCUGCUGAAUAGCGGUAAAAUAAGAUGGGUGAAGGCCAUUCUGGCACAUUUGGUCAGAUGUAUCGGUGGAUCCUACACUAGUCGCAGUUCACAAGGAGACGAAGACAGCAUAUCAAGACAGCGCGGGUGGUCACGGUCGCGCACUCUGUCCGUGUCGUUCGCCGCGGGCGCAGCCUCGCCUCUUGACGGCGUCACGCAGAUAACCGAAGACGUUCAAUUGGAUUACGCAGAGUUAACAUCAGUACCGCCCCUGCCAUUGUGGACGUUACUUGUUGCUGACAAGGAAUCGGCACAUAACCCCUCAACUAUACAAGAAGCUAAGGAUUAUAAUGAACUAUUUGAAGGAUCUAUGGAGGUCGAGGACGAUCUGGAUGCUCUUUUGUUAGAAGAAGAGGAUGGGAUCGAUCGAAGACCCUCGAUGCCUGAGAGACAAUUGCUUUCUCACUUCGGACCAAGACAAGGUCGUAUUCUAUCUCGUCUGCUGACUCACACACAUCUUCCUGGUUUGAGUUCAUUGGACCAGAUGCACCUCCUGGCGUUGGCUGACACCGUUUCCACUUGUGACGCUGACUUUGCGGAGAGACUCACCAAUUGUGCCAGAGUAGAUGUGACCCAGGGACAAGGACAGGAAAUUCUACCCGACUCGCUGGAUGACUGCGGGCUGAGAUUCCUUCUAGCAAUGAAACACUACGGAUACCUGGCACGUUGUCUUCCGUUAGCCCAACGAGCUAGCCUUCAGCGAGCUGGUGUUGGAACCUGCAAUCUAGUGUGGGCCUUCCACUCUGAGACCCACGACCAGCUCUUGGCUCUCAUACCCGGUUAUACUAAGGGACAGGCGAAAUGGUCUACUAUGAGGGAAUUGGGCGUGGGGUGGUGGGUGCGCGGUGAGCUGUUACGGACAUGCGUUGAACGUUUAGCUCGUGCCUCAUAUCUCGCCAAACAAGACCCUAUGGAUGCGGCGCUAUAUUACCUAGCCAUGCGUAAAAAGACCCUCCUAUGGGGUCUGUUCCGAUCACACAGAGAUGAAAAGAUGACCGCUUUCUUCGCCAACGAUUUCUCGGAAGAUAGAUGGCGUAAGGCCGCCUUGAAGAACGCGUUUGUGUUACUUGGGAAGCAGCGAUUUGAACAUGCAGCAGCUUUCUUCCUGUUGGGAGGAGCUUUGAAGGAUGCUUUGGAAGUACUCAUGACACGUUUAUGCGAUUUACAACUGGCAAUGAUUGUAGCUCGUCUUUAUGAAUCCGACAGUGCCCUUCCGCCCAGCUUAAAGAAAUUACUGAUGGAUGAAAUACUGGGAGGCGAAACGGAAGAUCAAGAAAUAGAUCUAGAACACGCUCACCCAGAUCCAUUUAUCCGAUCCAUGGCGCUAUGGGAACUUAAACGCUAUGGUGAAGCCUUAGAUACAUUAUUGAGUCCGGCAGGCAGGCUUCAUGCUGCCAAUAAUAAAGAUAAUGAACCGAUGCCAAGCGUUUUUAACUUCUACGUGUAUCUAAGAACUCAUCCUCGUUUGAAGAGGCAUAAUAUGCCUAGCCAGGGCGGUACAUUAGCUCUUCUUCAGCAAGAGCCGGAGGAAGGCAUAACUCGUUUGGAGCGUCGUCUAUACUUCCAGACUGCGCAUGGUCAUUUUAAAGCCGGCUGCCCUGCCCUGGCCUUAGAAGUGCUAUCUAAGCUGCCAGGCCGCGUCCGUGAUGAACGUCCUCGUACUGGACCCACAUCAGCCCCGUCUGUAGACCACGCGGUCAUCCACUCGGGGCAGCUGGAGGAAACACCCAAAAAAGCUGAAGAAUCGACCAUGGAUUGGGGCACAUCAACGUCAAUAGACUGGGGUGCGCCAGUGAGCACCGAAAAGAAAGACGAACUGGUUCUAUCAUGGGAUGAUGAUGAAGACAAUAAGUCAGAGGAGUCAGGAGCAUCGACACCGCCGCUGGAAAUUAAAAUCAACAAAGAGGAAGAACCCCUUGUUAAUGGAGUUGUGGACUCAGAUAAACCAGAAGAACCGCCUACAGUGGAUAUAAUGGCACAGCAGUUAAAGUUCGUCGCCUGUCUCAAAAUAUUGAUGGAAGAAUUGAGCACCCUUGCCACCGGCUUUGAAGUGGACGGCGGGCAUCUCCGUUAUCAACUUUACAUUUGGUUGGAGCGUGAAGUGGAAGCUCUUCGUCGUCUCUGUGGAUAUGUGUCAGCAUCGGGGGCUGCCUCUGGCGGUGAACUAAUCUGCGCUGAUGGGGAAUCCCCACCAUUACCGGAAAAACCAACAUUACAUCAGCUGCUCGUGCGGGAGAAGUCAGAUUUUGAGGCUAAAGUGCAACGGGCUGUGCGUAGAAAAAAAUGGCUCAAAGCUAACGAAACUCUCCUGCGUACGCUUCUGUCAUACUGUUCACUGCAUGGUGCUGGCGGCGGUGGCCUGGCAUCAGUACGUAUGGAAUUGGUCUUGCUGCUGCAAGAACUGGGACAGGACAAACAGCAUCAGCAACUGCUGUCGCCUCUGCCGUUCCCGACAACAUUGCCGCUAUUAGCAGCUGCUGUUGCUACUAAUAACACAGUCGUUGCCGAUCCCGUGCGUCAUUUACAAUCUGUUGCUCACGACAUGUUGGGCACGUUAUCUGAGCUGGGUGUGCCUGGAGGGGGGGCAUCCAGAGUGCUGCAUACGUUACGAGAGUUGGCUGUGGCGCUAUCCGCUUGUAUAUACCAGAGUUUAUGCGACUCUGACACCUUCACCAUCAAACAUUCACAUCACCACGACGGUAUGAUAGCGGAAACUCCCGGGACGACUAACCUACUUGUGAGACCGCGACGGUACUCAGUGGAAGAACUGUCCGUAACUACUCCGCCUAAUAAAUGGCCAGGUGUGUCAGCUCUUAGAGGCUUGGCUCUGCGAGCUGCGGAAGAGGAAGAAGCACCAAGAUUACCAGUUCUACUGGCGGAGGCCUUCUGCGCUGUUUACUUGGCAUUACUGGGAUGGGCACUCGCAGCUAGAGACGCGCACUUACUUUAUCGCCUAGCUGCACACACCACAGAUAAUAAAGCACAUUCAAAAUUAUUCGGUGGAGGUGUAAAAAGAUUACUUACGACCGCACCAGCUACGCCCCAGCCAAAACUGGUUGAACGCACGGAAGGUACGUCAGUGUGGUCUUCGCUUCGAGAGAAGAGGGCUUUAUUACACAUGAGAUUAUUAGGUCUAGGACCCACCGCACCCCACAAGAACAUACAGGAAGGUCGACCGACGUAUCGAGAACAAUUUGUACCUCCUCUAUACAGCAUACUGACUUUCCUCCUUACUAAGCCGACGCCGGAACAAGAUCCUGACAGCAACGACUAUGAUUCAGCAGAAUCCGGAGCUGAUGAAGCAGAGGAUAGUGGAAGUGAUUGCGAUGAUGACGAUAUCUUCGAUACUUCUAAAGUCAAGACCGAGAAACGCCGUAAGGGCGCCAACAUGGAACACUGUGAUGUGGAUUCGUACUCUUGGUACGUAAUGCGAGUGGCUGUUCUGCGACUUGCACAGCACAAACUGCAGCACUUCCUGCAGCUCUGCGGAAUAGAGAUGUCUGAACUGGCGACUACAAGUCCCACAGUCCACGGAGCGCUCCGUCGCCUGGAACAGUGGCAGCAGCAGUUGACUGAGACCUUGGAGUCACGCGCGCCGCCCACAGACUAUAUACCGGGCUGCUUCCCGGAACAAAUCACCACAGGACCGCCCAUUAACAAAUACAGAUGCCUCUUAGAAAAACACAACACGCCGUUCAAUUCUGCUCUGUAUAGCUCAGCGCCCGCGCGCCGUUUGUGGAAUUAUCUCGUCCGACAGGAACAAGUCCAGGAGGUGUUUAUUCGCGCUGUGUUUUCACGCCGUCGCACAUGUUCGGAAUCACACGAGCGGGCGCCGCGAAAGGACGACGAUCUGCACAGUCCUGUAAGGAUCAUACACAAGGAACAGGACUCCAUAGCGGCGUUCUGUCUUAACAGGGUCGGUGGAGGUCUUUUAGCGGUGGCUACGGCUCGUGAGGUCCAGGAGAUGGAUGUGUCGUUGCUGUUGCGCGGAGGAGCCUGCUGGGCCGAGGACGAGUGUGAGGUUGACCUGCUGGCGCUGGCCUCCGACCCCGCCGCUCUGCCUGAUACUGGCUUCCUGCUCAUACAGCAUCAUGAUAAACAAAAUGGCGGUUCUGUACCCGGCACUGGCAACAAUUCCCCGAUGAACCCCAACUUGCCACAAGUACCUGUCGGAAUGGCCAGUCAAACCGGAAGAGGAGCCAGUGUGGUGAAGGGCCUGCAGUUCCCGGGUUGCCACGACGCGAAAUACUGUCGGCUGGUGCUGCAUCGCUCCAAGCUUCUCAUGAAACCGGUGCUGAAACAUAAAAUCGAUAACAUCAAAAGAAUGGCUGCACAUCCUUCUCAGCCACUAUAUUUGACUGGUGGCGCUGAUGGUUCCGUACAAGUGUGGGAGUGGGGUCACGGUUCGUGCGUGUGGUCGCCGCGUGCUCCUGGCGCCUUCGCCAAGGUGACCCGUGUUCGAUUCUCGGACUAUGGCAACAAGUUCGCCGCGUCAGACGCCGAUGGGAACUUAGCGCUGUGGCAACUCCAACCGUCGGUAGCACUCGCCUCUGACACCAUGUCAGCGAAAGCCAGGAGACCGUUCUUUACCCACCAAUGCCACAGUAAAGGUAUCAGCGAUUUCGUGUUCCUGGGUUCAUGUAGUUUGGUCGCUACAGCCGGUCAUAGUUCCGAGAGCAAAAACGUCGCCAUAUGGGAUACAUUGAUGCCAAUCAAGAAGGCAUUAGUCGUUUCGUGGACGUGUCACGAGGGCGGGGCGUCGUGUGUGUCGUGGGCGGGCGGCGCCGGAGCGCUGGUGUCGUGCGGUCGGCGAGGUGACGUACUAGUGUGGGACGUGCGCGCUAGGGCUCCGCGACACAAGCUGCACGCCCACCACGCACCCAUCAAGUGCGUCGCGCUGUCGCCCAAGGAGGAUUACUACGCUAUCGGCGCUGCGGAUGGUGACAUCAAGGUGUUCUCGUUGGCGACUCACCAACUCCUGCACACGUUCGCUGGAGAGCAUGCGAGGAGUUCAUUCUUCAAACAUAUAGGGCAAGGAGUCACUCAAAUACAUAUAGAUAAUGCCAAUCGUCUGUUCUCGUGCGGUGCGGACGGCACUAUGAAGGUGCGCAAGUUGCCCGACAGAGACGCGCCCCUACAUCACCACUACCCCGCAUAAUGCGCGUGCGGGGGCGCGGCGCUGAAUGCUGUUAGACUAGUCAAUGAGUAGCCGAUGUUGUAUCUUAUAGUGUAUUGCGAAGUGUCUAUGAAUCUUCAGUUCUGUCUAUUGCAUUGUAUUCGCUGUGUACUACAUUAUUCUUACGUACUAGAUAAGAUUUAUUUAUUCGCUGUCGUCAGCCGUUAGCGCGGCGCUGAGGUGCAAUAUGUUGCAUGCUGAGAUGCGGCCGCGGCGACCGCGGCGACCGCGGGCCUCUCUUGUUGGAUAACCGUUUGAGAUGUUUAGAUAGAACGAGUGCACGUGCUCUCCAUAAUGUUGAUUGUUGACGCAUAAUAAAUGAUAUAAUUAUAAUGAUUAUAAUCUGUGUAAUUGUUGUCGUGGCUUGAUACGUCUAAUUAGAUGUGUAAACUAGCGUAUCCGAUUCUAUACCGUUAAUAUUUAAUUAUUUAUCUGUGCUAUUAUCCUCGGAGUCAGCACCGUACCGUGUAUUGUUAGGAGUAAGUGUUCCUUCUAUAACAUGUUCAUGUAAUGUGAUGUAUUCUAAAUUACACGUCCAUUUUUUUAUUUUUAUUUUUUAAAGCAAUAUAUAAUAACCUAAAAAAAUAAAUAAAUAAAUGAAUAUAAGCAAUAAAUUAUUAUAUACGUGAAAUAGCGCUCCGCAACAGUAUUAUCACAGAUUGAGACUGCGAUACUAAAGUUAAAAAUCUAUUUUUACACGAAUGCAAGCAGGUAUCCUGGUGACGUAGCGUUGUGAUAUGAAAAGACGUCGGUCGUGCAUUUUAUUCCAAUUAAAUAACAUGUAUUAAUUAUUUUUUUUUUAAAUAGUUUUAUUUACAUAUUUUUUUGUGUCGUUUACUUCUACAUUAUUGUUAGCCAAUCUAUGCUUUUUAUUUUGUUUUAAUCACUCUACAUCUCGAAAUUCACUAGCUAAUACAUUUUUUUUUUUAUUAUAUAUGUAUUUGUGAUUUUAUAUAAAUUUUAAAUGUAUACUCUCAUACUAACACGUGUCUAUGGAAACUUAUUGUAAAAAAAAUCGUUACAUUGGACAGUCUCGUUGUUUUUUUUUUUUUUUUGGUUAACUAUUUGUAAUCAUUCUAGGUUAAUUUUAUUUAUCGCCAAAGUUGUGUACAGCAAGUCGAAGAAUGUUAACAUAAGUUACCAAAAUAUACGUUUUAUUUCCUAA